UCCCUUGAACGGGUUAGGCAGCAGUAUAUACUCCCGCACAUACAUUCAUUAUGUAUGCCCUGUUUAGCGUUACUUUGGUGAUACUUACAACAACUGUUGCUUCCUCGGUGGUUCCAGCGAUGAGCAUCACAUCGGAGGACGGAUCAUUUCUUGGGCCGAGCAUUGAAAUAACUCGAGGACAACGCCUGAGCUUAGUCUGCUCUGUUGAAGGCUAUGGUAUUUCAAAGAAAUUAUCCUGGUCCUAUGAGAUGAAGGGACGCGAGCUGCGGGAUGAACCUCCUUUGGUGCGGGGCGACUUCCUGCAGCAGCGGCAACUGCGGCUGCCGCGCCUCGACGCAGGCGACUGCGGCAGAG